AAAUACCUUGGCCUUAAGGAAAAUGCAAGUUGAGGGCACUGGCCUUCGGCUGGCUGUCCUUUUACGAAGUGACACGAUCGUGGUGGAAAUCCAAGCACCAGUACGACAACAACAACAAAAACAACAACAACAGUGACAGCACCAAGCGACCACGCUCCUACCUAGAACUUGUUCUGCUGUUGGCGAGGUCUGCAUCUUGCUCUACUAACUAUCCCAGGUAGAAAGAAAGGUCCAUUCAACCAAACAUCGAUUCACGAUGGACGAGAGAAUGGAGAAGGACCCGACCGACGAAACAAAGGGAUCAUUGCCUUUACUAGCUAAAAUUGAGGAGUUUGUGAAGACGAUCCAGAAGACUUCGGGGACGACACGGAAUUGGUUCCUCUGACGGAUGAGCUCAAAACGGUCUUCGGAACCAAAGAGCUUAAAACAGAAGAAGAACUCCAUGACUUCAUGAACAAAGCAGGUAUAGCGGAUUUCCCAGUCAUUCUAGUGGAUGAAGGUUUGUACCUGAGAAUGCCAACAGAUCAACAUAACCGGUUCACUUCCAGGACAAUCUUCAAGUUUGCCUCGCGGCAUGGGCAAUUUGGAUACGUCACAGGGACUCACAAUGUUCACCUGUCUUCGACGAACGAUUUUCGGCAUCGAGAACCGCACGUUAGUUUCUUCGGUGCCCCUCGCUGCGUAGAGGACGAGGACGGGGACUUGGGUCCCUACGAUGAUGGAGCAGUUCCCGAUGUUGUGAUUCAAUUUAGUUGGAGAAACAAGCGUGGAUAUGAGGAGGAUGCCAUAGAUGAAAUGAUGAACGAUGCGGUAGAAAUCGAGAGAGGCCCGAAAAGUGUGACUUGUCCGCGAGUUGGUUUUCUCAUCAAAGUCCGUUUCAAGAAGAAGCGAACACUUCAGAAUGCCCUGAAGGGAAGCAAAACGCAAGACAUGGGGGGCCUUGAUCUGUAUCGGUUGCCUCAUGGCACCACCGUCGAUGAUGCAAUCAAUGGAACUGGUGGAGCUAGCAAGGUCACCUAUGUUCCUGGGGGGCCGGAUCAUCACAUUGACAUUACCGCACAGGAUUUGGGAUUCCCUGGCACGCCACCAGUGGCGUGGAAUGGGUUCCAAAUUCAAAUGUCCCGCAUAUUCGUUGAGAUGGAUACUUAUCACAAGAAGCGUCAGCAAAACCUUCUUGCCUGCUAGAGGUGUGGGAUUUGGAAUUCUUGCCAAGUUUGAUCCCAAACUUUGUCGCAUUUGUUGGCCUCGUCGAUGGCUUCCCAAAAAGUCUACUCAAUGCUAGUCUUCGUUUCAUUCAAUGCAUGCAGUCCGGUCUUGGUUGGUUUGAGUUGGGAUGAGUCAUCAUUGUCAAUUGGGGUGAGGGCUUCCUUCCUCUUGAUAUCAAGAAUGCCGUGAAUGAUGUCGAGGCUGGUAUCGGAACCCAGGUGACUGCUUGGGAAGAGGCCUACCAGCGUCAAGUCCGUCCUUGGAAUCAGCAGCAGCAGCAGCAGCAGCAGCAGGGCGGUGUGCCUCCUGGUCAGUGAGGAGAUGGACGAUGAUACCGCUCCUGUGGCAGUCGAGCUAGGUAUUGUUUGAUUUUAAGAUUUAUUAAAUUUGGUGGUUGCGGCUUUGC